UACUUCAACUGCUAAAAUUGUCACGACUGCGUGUGCUCGCCCUGAAUCAAACCAUGAGCUCCGAUUCAUCACCGAUCUGCACUCCAUGUUCAAUUCCAGUCGACUAGAGAAAAUUCGAUGAGUUUUGGGAUGUUCAGCAUUGCUGUGAGUUGACAAGAAAAUGUGGAUGCAGUGAGCUUGCAGUCUGCGAGUGCUGUGAUAAUCCACCAUCACGACACCGUCGGCACGACGCACCCGCAAAUAUAUUGCGAUUGAGUUGGAGAUGGAGAUGGGGACGCGAGGUGGGUGGUCUUUUAUUUGGUUUGAAAUCAUAAACGUGGGGUGAACUCAGCAGAUAUCGCGUUUAAUAGGUGGCAUAGGGAAGAAUCCAGCAUUCAGGUUCCACUUGAAAACCACCUACUUAGUCCUCGCCAGAUUGCAUUCGAGAGUUUCCUUGGUCCCUUCGAUUCCUUCGAGGGAGAGGCUUCGGAUUUGCUUCUCAAACCUGAACGUUUUCACGAAAUUGGUCGAAGUUGUGACUUCCGUGCAGCUGCAUGGUGGAAUCUCCCACCUCGUGAAUAUGACGUGUGGUGUCACCGGGAAGAGAUGGGCGGUUAAGCAGCCGUUAUUGACGGGUAUGCCAAUGCUGGCGUAACGUUGACCUUUCAAGAUUUGGAAAAUGGUGGCAAACAACAGAUUCAUGAAUGGAAAUUGAAGCUGAAUGCACGGUCAGGCUUCUGCAGGGCAAUUGAAUAUGACAUCUUGUUUCUCAAUGAUAUAACCGAAGCUGAAUGUCUGAUGCCGGGGUGAGACGUUGAAGAAAUCAAUCGACUUGGUGUCGCACCUAAUUCUGCAGUCAAGCUCUUGUUACUCUCGGGUUACUCCAAGAAAUUAUAGCACAUAUUUGAUAACUUCCUGACGCCCAUAGUAUUCAAGAUUUCUACUCAUGUUACGGUGUAGAAAAGUUGAGAAGAUAUCUCCUACUCUAACGAAGACAAUCGUAGCAAGACGACAGAAGCAUGGGUGCGAGACACACCUUGUGGCUUCUGUUUUUCCUGGUUCUUUUCAUCGCAUUGCAGUUUGCGAAAGUCAUUAGUGGGAUCGAUCUCAGUCCUUUCUGUGUAAAAGCCAAUUCCAACUUUGGCACAUGCCCCGAGGUCUCCUCAUUCGACAUUGUCGACAUCGCAGCCUACGCGGGCUUGUGGCACCAAAUAGGAAGCACGGCGCAGUACAAGCUCAUGACCGAAGCAGGAUCGAGCUGUCUCCAAGCGAAUUACACAGUGCAACUAUCGAAUGAUACGAAUCAAGGCGCCUCGCUCACCGUUCUUUACAGUGGGAUACGCACCCUGGAUCCCGUUGCAACAUUGGGGAUAACCAGUGUCAGCUCUGCCUCGAGAGACGUGUGCAUGAAUGCCCGCGAUGUGUGUUCGUUAAUUGACACCUCGAGUAAUUUCAUGCAGUCCGUCACCGAGCUCCGGAAGAUUGCAUUCAUGGUGAAAAAAGAGCUCCCUUACCAGACGGAGAUUCUUGACUACGUCGCACAGCAGAUUGAGGGUUGCGGAUACAACAUUUCCAAGGAGUUCACCAUGUUGGCCGAGCAUGUGCAAGCCAUCCAGAAGUUCGAUGGCAGCCUUAGCGAAGGCAAUGGUACAGCGACAGCCAUCGUCGAGCAAAUGAGACUGGCCAUGAUCGCAAUUGGCAAACACAUCAAUGUGUUUGUUGAAUUCGUAAACGAGAUAGCCACUGCUAGGAGCCUCCUCGACCAGGUGGUUGUGAACCUCAUCAUGGCAGGCGAGCUUGUGACCUCAGUAGACGUGACGGAAGCAUCUACCCUAAUUGGAUCUGUAGAGCAGAGCAUCGCACUUCAUGCAGAGCGAAUGAAAACGAGCAUCUCAGUCAUGAGCGCUGCUUUGGAGGUCAUUCUUGCAGACUCAGGCAAGCCCUUCCAUCCUGUUUCAUGGAGCACCCCUGCUAUUGCCACCCAAAAUGCCACUGCGAAAGGCAGAUUGGAAAUAUAUAAUCAGGGGUUGGACGCCCCGUAUUGGAUUAUCGCUCUCGAAGGAUUACCAAGUAAAGGCUACGAUGCAGUGCUGGUGUAUUCGUGCACAGAAAACCCUUUACUUAAUACAAUCCAGCAAAAGUUCUUAGUUCUCUCCCGAGAGACCAGUCUCAUCCCCGCGAUUCUGAAUCGAUUCUUGAAUGUGAUGGCUUCUAUUGGAAUCAACCUAGAUUGUGAGAAUCUCUUUCUCACAUCCGGUUGCAACUCUUACCCCCUUGCUGAGACACCCGUAUGAAUGUGACAUUGCUUAAGCUCUAAGCUGCAUGCGAAGGUCAACACCAAUUUGAACGAGAAUAUGAAAGUAUCUUGAAGCAUUUGGUUUUAAUACACUAUAAAGCUCUCAAUUGAAGAAUGGGUGCAUUAGCGAAGAACUUCAUAAAUGCACCCUCAAAGCUUCAUUUCAAUUCAGGAAUAUGUUGCUAGGUCUACAGGUAGAUCUUUGUCUACCUCAAAGCCAGCUACUAAUACAUGAUUUUGCGCAUUUUGACACUUAGUUGCAAUAUUUACUGUUCAUCUUGUCUACUUUCGGCUACAAUUUGUCGCUAUGGUAUCUGCUUCUUCCAACUGGUAACCCGCUGGGGUUUUGCAUGAGCCUUGUAAAAGUCUGAGCAACUUCGUUCCGCAACGGAUACGAGUAACUAUUUGGGGGUACGUCAUCAGAAUAAUUUCCUCCAUGCCCUAAAAGAAAUGUGCUUUGACUUUAACAGGCAAGUUUAUUUCCUGGGGAACCCGCGAACUUAUCUUUUAUUAACCACACUUUUGGUUUUGGUGGGUUGGGAAGAACGCGUGAACAACCCUCUUGACCGUGACCAGUUUAUGAUCUCGCGCAUGCUACUUCAGUGUUUUCCCAGGUCAAAACAGUAGCUGCAUCGGCUGAAAUCCCAUUCGAUUGAACGAUUGUGUCUGUAGAUCACGAGAUACCUAACAAACAUACUCUGCCAGCUGACAGUGGGUACAAUGUCUUUCUUUUUGCGUUUUGUCUAACUACAAGUUUCAUUUUGAGAUUUUGCUGGAUGACCCAGUUUGGGAAAUGACCCUGGCUCAAUGUUUAAAGUCUUAGUUACAUGUUUCACCCAUCUGUUCUAUGAGAAAGAUUUGAAUGCUGGGUUGCUGUUUCUCCAGCAGAAAGAGAGAGGAAUGUGGGCCUGGGUGAGAGUUUGAACAUCAAAGAGUAGAUUUCAAGAUACUGACACGGUAUCGUUUCUCCGUUUUUAUUAGUUUUAUUGCAUUAGUUCCUGUUUCAGAAACACCUCUCGAAUUAUUGUCUGCGCGUGUCCUUAAUGAUGACAAGUCACACUUUGUUUGGAGAGAAAGACAGUAGGUUAAUGAUCGGGUUGCUUCUGUCACUAGCUUCAAGCUUUCGACCGACGUUUCCAGCGGGCGAAUCGUGUGUCAGGGUUGCGACUUGUGUUGUGCCGUCACAGCGAUUGUAGAUAUCAAAUUUGACCAGUUGCUACUUCAUAUCUGGAGCUCUUUCCGGUUUGAUUGAAUUUCAACAGACCUCCUCCGCUUCGAGAUUACUCUAGCGCUGUACCACUUGGCUUUGUCUGUAAACCUAGAGAUUACAAAUGCUUCCUUUUUUCAUUGUUUCCCUUCUAAUCUUCCUCAUCGUGACGGUCGUCAUAGUUCCUGGAGUGAUGGAACAGAGCCAAGAGGUCGUGGACGAGGUAGUGGGCAUGUGGCAGACUCCCUCACUGUUCACCGGCCUGGUUGCCUUGCUGCUCCUCCUUGUCUGCGUCCCUGGCGGUCCGUUAGCACCCGUCAUCAACUCCCUCAGAAACAUGUGAAUCCCACUGUCUGAAAUUAACUUUGGGUUUGAAGUCGGUUUCCUGAACUUGAAAAUCUUGUGAAGAGAAUCUUGCUGCUCCAACGGCUAUUUCCGCAUUGAUUCAAUGUAAACCAUGGUGUAAGGCUACAGUUACAGGAAGCUCGUCUAGUAAUUGGGAAAGUUGGAUAUGAAGAAAUCAUGCGUAUAUUAACUAGAGUAAGGUAGUUAGAAAUGUGAAGAGGUUGAGAUUUUUCAGUAGUUGCAUUACCUUUACAUUUUGUUCGGUCUUUCUUGUGCCAAAUGUCAUUUAGGUAUUUCCUUCACAUUACAUGUGAAUGAUGGAGAAGAUUAUCCGAGUGUUAAAAUCCACUAUCGGUACUGGCAUUAUUUGACAAAUUUUGGGUUAUGAUUUUGCAUA